AUGUCCAAAUCGAAGCGGAAAUGCUCUCAGCCUCCAUAUGCACAACCGUUUCUAGAAGGCACGCCUACAUCUCCAGCCUCAUCGCCCCGGUCGUCCCAGGAUAAGCCUCUGCCCGAGGCGCCGGACGAGCAGCGUAAAAGCCACUCUGCAAACCUCGCGCACAAACUGGACGACCUCAUUCAUCAUCAUCAGCAUCCUCGGACCAGCUGGAAGACUCGCAAGAGAUUCGGCAACAGCUUCAUGAUGAGACGCUCUACCAAUCCGGAGGGACCCUACGAUACCCAACGAGGAAGUCCAUCUCGCCCCGCGCCGAUCUACAAUGGUCCCGACGGCAGGUAUCCUCAAGCUGGUACUGGGGCUUCACGUUUCAUACCUUCUGACCCAUUCUCUGCUGCGAUGGACUCUGGCUCACCUCCACAUGCUGCUCCAACAAUGUCAUCGAGAAGUGGCUCGCGUUCUUGCUCUGCUCCCUCUCCGUACUCCGGUCCGGGCUCUGUAGCCGUUCUUGCAUCGUCGACUCGCCUAGCGGAACCGUCUCGGUCAUCAUCUGACGAUACCAGCAAACCGGGUAUUGGCAACCGCAACCCCGCAAAGAGGCUAUCCCGACUCAGCAUGGUGGAAUCAAGCAUGUCCCUCUCUGGUAUUCUCCAAGCCCUAGGGCCCAGAAUUAGAUACAGCCCUGCGUUUAGUGCCUCUCGUGCAAUAAGCUCCUACCGGUCGACGGGUGACUCGAAUCCGCCUAUGUCUCCUUGUCUGAGCACCAACGAGCUACGCUUCCUUGAGUCUCUGCAGCCCAGACCGGGGACCCCUGGACGCCGCCCCGCAGGUUCUGUCGACCCCUUCUCUUCAUUCUUCGAGUCUUCGUCAACAGUUUCGACUCUGGACGGUCUGCGGGAUUGGAUGACUAUCUCGCCUAGCCCCUCUGCGAAGACGUUGAUUAUAUCUGCGGCAAGCUCCACUGCUCUUGGGCUGCCCAGAGACGCUAGAGGAGAGCGGGCAAUGCCUCUGAAUGCGACUGCAACAGCGACUUCUGCCAGCCCCGCCUCGGAAGUGUGUGGAAGUCCGAAAUCGCUCUAUGCUGGCUGCCUCCUUAUGGACGCUUCCGCGACGUCAUGUGGCACCACGGGACUCGGCAUUUCAACGUUGCUGCAGGCAAGCCCGCGCCUGCCCUAUUUGGCGACCGUCGCGUCCUUUGGCGUCGCCAAGGAGCUUUUCGACGUCAUAUAUGUCCCGCAGUCCUCUGCACCUUCCACGCCUCCGCGGGACUCCCUAAACAGCGGUGUUCCGGCGCUCGCAGACGUCGCCUCUGACACGGACGAUGAUGAGGGAGAUGAACCUCUGGAUCUUGGUAGGAUUUUGGACCUCUUCCCGCUGCCUCCCCGCCAUCAAAGCUGGGGCGAUCGCAAAGCGUCUACGACGGCGGAUUCCUUGAUUUUGCCUUUUGGAGUGCCAAUGAACUCGUGA